AUCUGAACUUCUCCUUGACAUAUAAUUAUAGUGCUGAUGUAGAAAAAAUGCGCGAUGGGAUCCGUCAUACUGACUCACCCCGACCAAACUGACUCUCUGACUGUGCCAUCUUAUCACCCAAGACACCAUUCAAAUACUCCAUCGUCAUGUCGGCCACCCAACGUGCUCUCCGCAUGCCCGAGAUCGUCAGCAGCAUCAUCCUCCAUCUCGACGCCGUCUGGAGCUAUCACAGCCGUCGCCGCGCGCACUACCUCUUCUGCUGUCUCCUGGUGAAUAAACUCUGGUAUCGUGAGGCCGUCUGGUACCUGUGGAGGCACAUCUGCUUCGGUGGCGUUUGGAUACCCGUGGACCACUACUUCCAGCCCAUUGCGCCGGAGCGGAGGCAGUUCUAUGCUGAUCUGGUCGAAGCAACCAGCUUGCACUACUGCUAUAAAUACAAGAAUAAACACCCCGACCUGGACGGAUUGAUUUUCCCGCGUUUAACAUCUCUCGCCUACUAUACUGAGGUUGCCUUCGAGGAUGUCGGUUACCCUCCUCCUGCAAUCAAUGCACCUCGGCUCAAGCACAUAACCUGGAGGACUUGUACGUGGGACUGCUGAUUCCUGGAGAGCGGAUGCAGCUGAAGGUGAAGAUUCUGAGCCUCAGUGGAUGUCGAUCAAUGGCAGCGUCUUCCUUUUUUUGCGUGGUUUCCCAAUAGC